AUGGGCGCCAACAUCGGGACGAGUGUCACGUGUAUCAUGGUCGCGUUUGCCCAAAUUUCCAAGCGCGACCAGUUUGAACGCGCCAUGGCGGCGUCGUCGGUCCACGACAUGUACAACAUUUGGUCGGUGCUCGUCAUGUUUCCGUUGGAGCUGCUCUUCCACCCGCUCGAGAAGCUCUCGGAAGCAUGCGUCGGCGGCAAGACAAACUUUUACUUCGACUCGCCCAUCGACAUUGCCGUCAAACCGUUCGCGGACGUCGUGCUCAACGUGAACCGAACAGCGCUGUACGGAGUCGCGAGUGGCUCGCUCGAGUGCGGCCAGGUCAACAUGGUCGACAGCGGCGUGUUCAAAAGCGCAAGCGCGUCGCACUCGCUCAGCGACUCGGCGAUCGGUGGCAUCUGCCUCGGCAUUGCGUUUGCGCUGCUC